AUGAGAUCUCAUGUUCGGGAAAAAUGGUGCCCGCCACCUGUGCAUACUCCACGUGUUAUUAAAAGAUUCUUUUUACGCCAGCGUUUUCGUUUUCAAUCAGGUUUCAUUCUUUAUUUUUUAUUUUUUUAUUCUCGUCUCUUCACUUUUUCUCCUUAUUCUUUCAUGAAUAAUUUUCAGUCAUUUAUGUAUGUUUCAGUCUUCUUUUUUGUUCUUUUUUUUUUAUAUCCCUUUCUUCUUUACCUUCGCGUCUUUUCUCUUUUCUUCUUCUUUUUUCCUUUUUUUGUAUCUUUAAAAAUGUGUCUUUUUCACACUCUUUUUCUCUUUCCUUGUCCCUCCACUUAUUUCUUUUUUUUCUUUCUCUCCUUCCUAUUCAGUUCUUCACAUCUUUCUUUAUUUUUUAUCUAUAUUUCAUUUCUGUCUUUAUUUAAUUCAUCUGCCUUUCCUUUCUUUCAUUCCCAUAUUUCGUUCUGUCUUUCCUUCAUUCCUCAUUUUUUCUCUUUCCUCUCUUUCGUUUUUUCUUUCUUUCUGUCUUUUCAUUACAUUUUAUUCUUUCCCUCGUCUCUUUCUUAUAUCCUCUUUCUUUCUUUCUUUCUUUCUUUCUUUCUUUCUUUCUUUCUUUCUUUCUUUCUAUUCACUUGCGCAUCUUUCUUUCUUUUCCUUUCGGUCUUUUGCUCUCUUUUCUUUUUCUAUCUUUCUGUUCCUUCCCCCUCGGUUAUUUCGCCCUCUUUCCCUUUCUAA